CGUCAUUGACGCGUCAGUUCGCAUAGCUAGAUCCGAUGGCCGAGUACAGCGACAUUGAGGUCCUCGACGAGAGCGUGGGCGACCAGCGCCGGUCGUCCGCUGGCCACAGCGACGUCGCGCGGUCUUCGUCGGCCACCAAGAUGGCGCUCGACCGGACCAUCUUUGUCGCUUGCCGCCACUUGCACCUCGCGACGCCGGACGCGACCGUGUAUCUGCCGUCGCAGUCAAUGCAGCGCGGGCUCGCCUACGCCAAGACGAUGAUGCAAAAGCAAGCGGGCAGCCCCGACUUUGCCGGCGCCAGCUUUGCCCGCGUCACGAUCCGCCCGGCGUCCGAAGCUUGCCAUCCGUGCGUCGUGCGCUCCGUGUCGCAAAAGGGCACGAACCCGAGCUACGUCGUCGGCAUUGCGCUGCCAGAGACGCUCGACCUCGAGACCGCGACAUGCACGAUCGAGAUUGUCGCCUGCCAGGAGAGCGCGGCGAAGAAGGCACCGGUGCUGGCGUCGACGGCGGCCUUUCCGGCGUCGCACUUGCUCUCGUCCGUGUCGGUGCCGCUCACGGCGCACGUGCCGACAAACCCAAUCGACUCGAACACGCCGGUCGUCGACGUGCAGCACGCGCCCCUGUUGCAGUCCAUCUACCUCUCGUCGCCGCCGUUUGAGCUGAGCUCGUCGACCAAGUAUGCGUUUCCGGGCAAGGUCUUCCUCCAGGAAGAUAUUUUCGAAGUCGACUUGGCGACGUCGAUCCCGCGACAGGUUCUCGAGAUGGCGCUGGACGAGACCGAGCACCAAGUGGCUACGUACAGCGCGUAUGCGGCGGCGGCGCGGGUCCAAGAGUGUCUCUUUGCGACCCCACUGGACGCGCUGCAGAGCGGCGGGGACGUCUACACCAUCCGCGCCCUCUGCGCGCGCGGCCUCGGGAGCGUGCCCACGUCGACGACGUCGACCGUUCAGCACCACUCGUUGGCCUCGAACGCACCGGUCGCUUCGUCCCGCGCCAGCGUCGUCGCGAUGGCCAAGUCGAUGCGGUCGUCGGCGUUCUCCAAGUUCAAGGGCCUCCAGAUUGGCACGACAGAGAAACCUAUCGUCAUCAACGCCUACUGCGAAGUGACGAUCUCGGACCCGCACACGUGCACCGGUGCACCGUGGUGUGCUGCCAAGACGAACGUGAUUACAAACUCGACCGAACCGCUGUGGCGCGUCGCGUACACCGGGGCCAAAGUCCACGGCGGCCUGAACGCGGAGGGACACAUGUGCUUUUACCGGCCGGCGAAUCGCGCCAAGGACGGGUUUCUCGAGUGCAAGGUGUACACCAAGCCGCCGCCGCCGACGUCCAUGUCGUCGGCGAUCCUCGCGGCCCGCAAGGCGAGCCCGAACCCGUGCUUGGGCACUGUCAAGAUCCCGCUGGCGUCGCUGCUCCCGUCAACGACCGACACGGUGGUCACUGCGCCGGGCGAGUGGUACCGACUGCACCAGCCAUCGGCGCAAGAAGGCUCGGCCUGCAAGUGCGACGACGACGAGACUGGCGACGGCCCGUGCGUCGGCGAGCUCCUCAUCGAUCUCGCGGUCACGGCAACGACGGCGUCCUUCCCGGCGGCCACGCCGAUGCCGGCCAACCCGCCUCGGUACCGCUGGCUGGAUACACUGACUGUCGACAAGGAGCCGUCGAUGGCCCUACCGCUGCCGUCUCAGUUCCUCGACGACCAUCUAAGCGCGCUCACGAGCUCCCUCGAGACGACCAAGAACGCCCGCGCUAUCGCGAGUGAAUGGGCCACGUCCCACACGCGCUUCAAGUCGAGUGCGAUGAAGAAGGCGGAGAACAUCCAAGCGCUUCCGACCAACUUGCACGUCGCAGUGGCCCACGUGACGUCGUCCAGCGACAAUGGGCUCCAGGCGCUGCCGACUGUCACGUGCGGCCUCCCCGCCGCGCACGCCUUGGGGCUCGACGACAAUGAUUUGUGGGCACUGGAAGAGGCGAUCCACGAGGCGAGUGCGCACCUCCGAACCCGGCUGUUGGGCGGUCUCCCAGCGCCGUCUCCAACGCGGCCCGACGGGUUUGUGCCGCUGCAGCCCGAGGCGACGCCCGAGACGGCACCCGAGACGACGGACGCCAGUGACGCGAACGAAUCGAGGGACACCAAGGAGGACGACGCGUCAAUCAAGUCGCGCGCGACCAAGUCGCUCAAAGAACGAUCCAAGUUGCUCUCGUCGCUGUAUACGCAAGCCAAGACGAAGGCCAUUGCGCUCGCCAAGGCGCCGAACGGCGAUGACGCGCCGCUUCCGGCCGCGACGCUCCAGUCGCGGCUCGCAGACCUGCGUCUCGAGUACCGAUUGCGCAAAACGAUGGUGAUGGCGCAGGCGCUGGCGCCGAUCGUGUCGGCGUUCAUCGUGAGCGUCCAGCAGUGCUUGGCGCGGCCUACCGAGGCGCAAGCAGCGUGUUGGGAGCAGUGGCGCACCCGGGGGUACCUCAUUGGCUGGGAAAGCCUCGUGAGCUCCCAGGGCAAGGAGCUGCACAUGCUUCUCGACGCGUGGAUGGCGCUGCAGAGCAUCUCGCGCGUCUUUAGCUUCCAGCUCGUCUCGACCGGCAGCAUCUGCGUGCUCGACACAAUCGUCCAAGUGCCACUGCCGCCGGGCGACUAUUCGCGCCUCCCGCCGUCGCUGCAGCGCGACGCGAUCGGCGUCGUCGUCGUCCUCUUCACCCAAGGCAUCAACGAGAUGCAGUCGCUCGCCAACAUGUCCAACGCUGCAGGCGUCUCGAAGCAGUCGGUCAUCAACAAGGCGAGCCUCCAGAGCCUCGAGCAGUACAUGGGCCAAGUCCCGACAGCGCUGCGCGAUGCGGUCACCAACGAGAACGGGUCGAGCAAGAACACGGAGAUUCUGCACUUGGCGUCCAAGGCCGUGCGGCGUCUCUACGGCGGCCGCGUCACGUGCUGCAAGUCGGGGAAGGACCGGACCGCCAUGUCUGUCACGUGGGAGCAGGCGGCGUGGGCGCUCCAAGCCAACGACGACCUUGACAAUGCGGACGCGGACGACCUUGAGGCCAGCGACGUGCUGAAAAUGGCCAACGUCAUGCGCGAGUUUGGCGGUCGCAUUGGAAUUGCAGAGAAGAACGUCGGCGCGAAACGCUACUCGUUCAACGCACUCCAGCGGAAGCUCCUUCCGCCCUCGUACCGCCCGCCGCUGAGCACGAUCCAAGACAUGGUCGCGUCCGUGGCGCUCCGCGAUUCGUAAACUGUCUUGAUUCGGAUUUAUAUAGCACUUUUCUCAUUCGCAUUGCUCUCGCUGCAGGACGAUGUUGUCAACAGGUUAACCAAGAAACCUCGGUUUUGAGGGCGACCC